UCAAUUUUCAGUGCAUAUUUUUGGGCAUGCAAAAGCUAGGUAAUAUAACAUAACAUUUGCAAUGCCUGGUAAGCGAAAAUAUCAAACUCCUAACAAGGACCCACCAUUCACCUCCGAUUCUCCUUACUCAAAACGAUCGCGGCGCUCAGUUGCAAACCAGUCGGACCUCGCACAAGCAAUCUUCGAUGUGAUAAAAGAUCAUGAAGAUGAAGAUGGAAGAGCUAUUGCUGAUACUUUCAUGAAACUUCCAUCAAAACGAUACCACCCUGAGUACCAUGAACAGAUAGUAGACCCAGUUGAUCUGACAAAGAUUGGACAGCGGAUACGCAUGGAUGAAUAUCGGGACAUAGAAAUCUUAACCACCGACAUGCAAUUAAUGACAAGCAAUGCGAAGAAAUAUUACAACGAAGAUACAGAGGAGUAUGCAGACGCUUGUAAGUUAUGGGAACUUUAUUUAAACACGAAAUCCCGGCUUGUUGAGCAACUAAAACCAACAGAGGAAACUAAAUCACGACCUGGAAGAAAGCCACGGAAUCGUGCGAAAACUGCAGACGACUCUGAUUUCGAAGAGAUAGACAUCACUCAGGAGGAAAUGAAGUCACUUUACGAAGCAACCGUAUCAGAAACAGAUGACGAGGGAAGACUGAUAGCUGAAAUGUUCAUGCAACUACCAGAUAAAACAAACAUUGAGUAUUACGCAUUGAUAAAAGAUCCGAUCGAUUUCCUCAUCAUCGGUGACAGGGUGGAAGAUGGAUAUUAUAAGUCGGUGUUGGAGUUUGAAAAAGAUCUGAAUCUUCUUGUGAAAAAUGCCAAAGCAUUUAAUGACCCAAAUUCACAGAUAUAUGAAGAUGCAGUGACGAUCCGCACCCUUUUCAAAGAAAAGAUGAACGAGAUGGAGAAAAGUAAACAUCCGGAGCUGAUGGGAACAAAAUCAAGCGCUCGACUUAAACACAGGAAAUCUUGGGGUAGAGCUUCUGAACGAAUCCAUGAAAGAAACAUUAAGCAGGAGCAAGAAGAUAAACAUGAACUGCAUGAAGUUUCAAUAAUUAACUGCCAUGAAGAUGAUUAUCAGGGUUUAUUCUACAAUGAGAUAGUGAACUAUCGAAAUAACAUUGGCCACACUAUUGCUGACCCAUUUUGUCGACUUCCAAAUAAAAGGUUCUACCCAACGUAUUAUGAAGAAAUAGAUAAUCCUAUCUCACUGAAAAUGAUCAGAAAAAAACUGCAGGCGAAAAAAUAUGAUUCCUGUCAUGAACUAGCCAAGGAUUUUGAGUUGUUGUUUUCAAAUGCAAUGAAGUUUAAUGUAGCCAACUCCCUCAUACAUAAAGAUGCCGUCACUCUCAAGUCUUUUAUGGAGACAAAACUACAAGAGUAUGCAACUAAAGAGGAGGAAAACACAGAUGAGAGUAGUGAAAGUGAAGAAGACGAGGAUAAAAUUAAAAAGGAAACACCAAAGCAUGAUACUUCUGCUUCAGAAAAGGGAGAAGUUUCCACUAAAAAGAGAAAACGUCGUAGGAAACGAGGUGAAACUUUGCAUGGGAGGAUGAGGUUGCUGUAUGAGACUGUACUUGAUGCAGAAACUGAUGAUGGUCGCGAGAUGAUCCUCCUUUUCCUAGAAAAACCAUCCCGAAAAGAUUACCCGGAUUAUUACAAACUUGUGGUUGAUCCGAUAGACAUGAGGAUGAUUGAGAAGAAGAUAAGACAGGAGAAAUAUGGAGGAAUACAAGAUCUUCUCGAUGAUUUUCACCUCAUGUUUAACAAUGCUCGACAGUAUAAUGAACCUGGAUCACAGGUCUAUUUGGAUGCUGAUACACUCGAGAAACUUCUAUUGGAUAAAAACAAGGAAUUAGGUCCGUUAUCUGAACAAGCGCUAACUAUGACUCCUGGCAGAUCAACUUUUUCAAAGAAACAACUUACCCCCUUGGAAGAAAACAUGGAAAAACUCUUCGUAAAACUCCGGGAUUUCACGGAUCCAACAGGAAGAGCAAUCUGUGACAUCUUCUCCCAUCUUCCAACCAAGCAGGAGCUUCCGGAUUAUUACAAAGUCAUCAAGAAACCGAUGGAGAUGGACAGGAUCCAGCAGAAGAUGCAGGGAGGACAGUACGCUAAACUUGAGGAAAUGUUAUCAGACUUGCUGCUUAUGUUUGAAAAUGCUUGUGUUUAUAAUGAACCUGGGUCUGUGAUAUACAAGGAUGCUCUUAUUCUACAGAAACUUGGUGUAAAGACAUUUUACAAACUGGAAGGCAUCGAACCGUUGCCUAAAUCUCAACAACUUGUUCAUGAGAUGCUCACCAACCUUUUCAUGUCUCUCAUGAAUCACCAGGAUAAUACUGGCAGAUGUUACAGUGAUUCACUAUCAGGAAUGGAAGUUAAAAAUAAUUCUCAAUCAUCAACUCAAGAUACUGCCAUGGAUACUAGUGAGCAACCUCAGAAUCCAGGUGAGACUCUUUCACUUGGUGUGAUCAAAAAGAAUCUUCUUCAUCGUAGAUACAAGAGGUUGGAUGUCUUCCAGGAGCAAGUCUUUGAUGUUCUGGAGGAAGCAAGAGAGAGGAAUAGAACGGAUUCAGAAAUCUAUGAAGAUGCUGUGGAGCUUCAGAAGUUCUUUAUCAAGAUUCGAGAUGAGUUGUGCAAGAACGGAGAGAUUCUCGUUUCACCUGCGCUCUCUUACACCACCAAGAGGCUCGAAAAUGACCUAGACGUUGAGAAAAAGGAGAAAGUUCCAGAAGAACCACAAGAAGAUGAAGUGAAAGAUGCCGUCAAGUUUAUCAAGGAUGAACUCAAGGAAAGUGCUCAAACGGACGAGGGUGUUGUUUAUAAAGUGGGAGACUUUGUUUAUGUGGAGAACCCGGAUAAAAGAGAUGAAAAGCACGUGGUUUGUAUUGAGAAGUUUUAUCUUGAUGAUGCAGGGGAGCAGAGGAUGUACGGAUCCUGGUUCCUCGCUCCUCAUGACACAGCUCACACAGCAGGGAAGAGGUUCCUCCAACAAGAGGUAUUCAAGAGUGAUUAUUACAACACUGUUCCUGUGAAAAAUAUCCUGGGUCGAUGUUUUGUGAUGAUGGUUAAAGAUUAUUUUAAUAUGAAACCAAAAGGUUUUAACAAUGAGGAUAUCUAUGUUUGCGAAUCUCGUUAUAUGAGUCAGACAAAAUCAUUCAGGCGAAUCAAGGCUCUGCAGGUCCCCGUAAACGACACCCCCCUUGUGCCCCGUGAAACCCCCCUACCCAUGAUCAGGGUAUCUACAGCUGGAGAUACAACACAGGAACCAGCAUUAGAAGUUGGAAGUUCGUGGCCAACUGAUGUUAUUGAUAAAGAGCGAGAAAAUAUCAAAACUGAGAUACAGAACCCACAUAGUGAAGCUACAUAUUACAUCCAGUAUUAUGCACAAGGUAUGUGGGUGAAACUGGGAGAUUGUUUGUACGUUAGAAACUCUGGGGGUAAACCAAAGAUAGCGCGGGUUGAGCGCUUAUGGACAGAUAUGAACGGAAAUGUUUGGUUUCACGGUCCAUGGUUUGUAAGACCGGAAUCUACUGAACAUGAACCAACACGAAUGUUUUUCAAAAAUGAGUUAUUUCUUAGUUCAAUAGAAGACACUGUCCUGAUGUCGGAUGUAACAGGAAAGUGUAUGGUGUUAUGUGGACGUGAUUAUACUGCUUGUAGACCAACUGAAAUGCCGGAAGAAGAUGUCUAUGUCUACGAAUCCAAAUAUUUUGAUAAAAUUAUCAAAAAAAUAAAAGGGAUAAAGAGAUACAUGCCAACACAUAAGGUUGUAGAUGAUGAGUACUACUACUUCAAGAAACCGUUCACACCAGAGAACGUGUUGUCGCCUUCCCUUGUACAACUUGUACAAGAAGACAUGAAACAACGUGAGCAAAUCGCAAAGCAACAAAAAGAACAGAAGUUUGCAGUUAAUGAGCCAAUACCAGGUUCUGGUUACGUAAACCAACCACCCAGCCAACCAUACCACCAACAAGCUGUGUAUGGCCAACCACAGAUGAUGGUUCAACCUGCGUACCAUACAUACCCACAACAGUUCGCUCAGGGCGCCAUAGAUGGUGCGGCAAGACCUUAUCUUCAACAACAGCAGUAUCAAGGCUACCCCUCACCCCAUCCAGGGGUUGCUAACUACCAAAAUUCACCACACAUGGUGUAUUCAUCAUCCCCACAUCCUGCUAUGAUCACCCCUAACCCUGGAGUGCAGUCUCCAGACAGCAGCAGGCCAUCAUCGGUUCGACCUGAAUCUGUAGCCACCCCCCCACCUAAGAAGAAGGGUAGGGGAGGCCACUCAACAGGUUACAUAUUAUUUGCAAGUCAUUGUCAUCCUAAAGUGAGAGCCGACAACCCUGAUCUUCCAUUUGGAGACAUCAGUAAAUUGGUUGGUGAGGAAUGGAGGAAUUUGGAUGAAGACGAGAAACACGAGUAUGAGGAGAGAGCUCGGGAGAAGACAGCUCGUGCGGAGGCAGAGGGAAGACUUACUGGUAGGAAGAAGAAAAAGAAGAAAGAUGAUGAAGUGGUUACACCAACAACCACCAUUCCACCAGGACUACCUUACCAGCAAACCCCACAGUACACACUCAUACAACAACAACAACAACAGCGACCACAACUCAAUGCAGAUGGCACCCCACAACAUGGUUACACCCCUGGUAUGGCACCUUACACUCAAACACCAACCGGAAUAGUUUAUCCUCCACAGACAAUUGGAACGGUACCACAACCACCACCAGCAAGUAUAGCAGAACGUCACCGUGUUAAAAGAGGGCCCCUAUUUCUUCAGCCACCACCAAAAGCUCAGCGUGUGAUGCAUUCAGAGGCUUAUCUAAGAUACAUAGAAGGAUUAGAAAAAGGCAGCAAGACUCUGAGCAACUGGAAUCGAACAUUAAAAGUGAGAGAACGUGAUGUCUUGCUUACCAAGGAAGAGGAAGAAAAACUACCAGUCCACUGGCUUGCAAACGGGAAGGCUAGAUAUGAGACAACCAAGUCAGCUCUGUGGGCAUUACGUGAUUUAAUGCUGAAGGAUGCGUUUGCCAUCAAGAAUAGUUUCUAGAUGUGUGUAAAAGACAUAUUUACACGGAGCAAAAAAACUUCAGCUUUGCAAAUAAUGUAAAAUAUGAAUUGAAACUUCUUAAUAGUUGCAUGUGUCCUGUUGUGUUAGUACACUUCCCGAUAAAAUAUAGGACAUUUUGUAUCCGACAUACUGUCUUUUACAUGGCCGGAACAUUUUGUCUCAAACCUUUCAUAAAUACCUGUAACAUAAAGCUAACACAAUUGUUAUUUUUGUUUUGUGUCGUGUUAUGUUAGUACACAUCCUGGUAAAA